GCCUCACGCGAAGAUACCUGGAUGGCUGAAGUACUUCGUCGCAUUGAGCGAAUGGAAAAGAAACAGAAAAAACGACCUAGUGUAGUCUCCCAGGAUGGUACGAAAUCCGCCUCUAAAACACCUCAAGAACCCAUGGACACGUCAAAUCUGGUGAGCCCGAUUUCUCCCUCUCCGGCACCCGAUGACAGUACCGGACUGUCUGCGGAUCGAGAAACCUCAACCAAAUCACGAAUGUGGUCGACUUCUUCUGCCGAAGACGUUUUCGUAGGUCCUGACUACACUGCUUCACGCCUCUCCCCACCACCUGGUUUGAACUUGUUGGCGGCGACGGCGACGACCAGCGAACUAAACAAGUUGGGUCGGCCUGCCCAAGGAAGCUUGAAAUCUGAGCCACCAAAAGAGGAGGGCCCGGAGUCCCCCUCAGACCAACCCAAAAAUCGGCGUAAGAAGUCGCAGGCUUCUGCCACUGCUGCAGCCGAUAGUUCAGGGCAAUCUGCUGGUCUAUCCCGCGAGGAUCGUUGGCUUCAACUGCAAUUGCAGAGAAUUGCCGAAAUGGAAAAGAAGCCAGCUAAAACAACCCAGAAAAAUUCCUACACCGACGGCACUUCUACGAAUGCCACCAAACCGGAGGCGUCUGGACCCAUAAAUUUCUCAGUCUCCACGAUGACUGCUCAUGCGUCUGAAUCUGGUGGGUCUAUUGGCAUUCAACAGCAGCGAUCUGCUAAACGAACCGCUCGACAAACCCCGGCUAAAAGUAAACGUCGCAGGCGAGCAAGCAACCCACGUGCCUCUGCGACCUCGGAUGAAAGCGGCUUCGACGCGGUUGAUGGAGCUGCUGACCAGGCGUGGAGGUCACCCGUAUCCACUGAGUCAGCCCUAUACUCUUCCCCCAGGGCAGACCCCACCUCUGCUUCCUCGCCCAAAGACGGCGAAGCGGAGUGCGGCUUGAUUGUAUACAGGCGGCGUGAUGUCGACCCGAUGGCCAAAUUCAGUCGGUCGCGCUCCGUCUCCUACACAAAUCCACCUGUCCUCUCCGUUGAUGUCUCCCAACUGAUGACUCACCCACUU